AUGUGGAGGCACCAGGUACAUGCUGGGCUUGUGCUUUUUCUUGCUUUCUGGAGUCUGGCAGAUGGUGGGAAGCUCUUGGUGGUGCCUCAGGAUGGAAGUCACUGGCUGAGCAUGCGGAUGGUCCUGGAGAAACUCUGGGAGAAGGGGCACGAAAUCGUGGCCGUGGUUCCUGAUGCUGCCUUGCUCUUGAAAAGCUCCCAGUCCUUCACCAUCAAAACGUAUUCAGUGCCUUACACCCAGGAGUUUGUGGACCAGUACUACCAGAAGCUGGGGGAAAAUAGCUUUGAGAGCCUAACGCUCUCAUUUUUACUCAGCAACAUUACAGAGCUGACCAACAUGUUCACUUCUGCUUGUCAGCAUCUCUUAUCUGACAAAGAGCUCAUGAAGUACCUCCAGGACAGCAAAUUCGAUGCCAUCAUGAUGGACCCUGUGCUGCCCUGUGGGCCCAUUCUGGCUGAGUAUCUCUCCCUCCCCUCUGUGUACUUCAUGCGUGGCCUUCCUUGCACCUUAGACUACAAAGCUGCGCAGUCUCCCAGCCCUGUAUCUUACGUGCCCAAGACUUUAUCAUCUCUUUCCGACCACAUGGCAUUCCCAGAGCGUGUGAAGAACUUCCUGAUCGGGCUCUCAGAGCCUUUGCUUUGCCACCUGUUUUAUUUGAAAUACGAGAGCUUGGCCUCCGAGUUCCUGCAGAGGGAUGUGACGAUACAGGAGCUGUUCAGCCAAGCAUCAGUGUGGCUGAUGAGAUACGACUUUGUUUUUGAGUAUCCGCGCCCCAUCAUGCCCAACAUGGUCUAUGUUGGAGGCAUCAACUGUCUGCAGAAGAAGCCACUCUCAAAGGAAUUUGAAGCCAUGGUGAACGCCUCUGGAGAACACGGCAUCGUUGUCUUCUCGCUGGGCUCCAUGGUGUCCGAGAUUCCCAUGAAGAAAGCCAUGGAAAUCGCAGAGGGCUUGGGAGCAGUCCCUCAGACGGUCUUGUGGCGCUACACAGGCAAGGCGCCCCCCAACCUGCCCAAGAACGUGAAGCUCGUCAAGUGGCUGCCUCAGAAUGACCUCCUGGCCCACCCCAAGACUCGUGCCUUCAUCACCCACGGAGGCUCCCACGGAGUUUAUGAGGGAAUCUGCAACGCAGUGCCCAUGGUGCUGAUGCCUCUCUUUGGGGACCAGAUGGAUAAUGCCAAGCGAGUGGAGUCCCGGGGAGCAGGGCUGACCCUCAACAUCCUGGAGAUGACUUCCACUGACAUCUCCAACGCCCUGAAAGCCGUGAUCAACGACAAAAAGUACAAGGAGAACAUCCAGCGCCUCUCCGACCUGCACCUGGACAGACCCAUCCACCCUCUGGACCUGGCCGUGCACUGGGUGGAGUUUGUGAUGAGGCACAAGGGGGCCCCUCACCUGCGCCCCGCCGCCCACGACCUCAACUGGGUGCAGUACCACUCGCUGGACGUCAUCGCCUUCCUGGCGGCCGUCACCCUCCUCUUCCUCUUCAUCUCCUUCAAGUGCUGCCUCUGCUGCUGCCGCAGGUGCUGCUGCAAGAAGGGCAGGACGGGCAAGGCCACCAAAGCCAAGUCCCACUAGCACCUGCGGACAGUGGUGGGUGACCGAGCUCCUGCCCCAGGCGCAGCAGCGGGGUCAGGGAACAGCUCGAAUUUCACUGCAAUGAAUGAAACACUGUGAUUUUCAGCCAAGGAAUGAUAGGGACCCUUUGAGAUAGCAGCAUGAGGAGGGCUGUUCCACUGAUCUAAUUUUGGCCUUUUAAUUAAGA